GUAGUCUUGUCCAGAUUCCCUGCAAAUUCAUCGGAGGUUUCAGUCAUGGCGAAGAAAAGAAAGGCUGGCGGUCGCCCUGCGGCCAGAAAUGCGCCUGCCCCGGAAAAGACCAAGUUCGGUAUGGAAGAGCGAUUCGACGACUCGGAGGACGAAUUCCAGACGGGUCGCGAUCAAGUUCUAGUGGACGAAGCUCCCGAUGCGAAGAGACGCCGGAAAUUGAUCGAGGAUGAGCAAGAUAUCCAACCCUCCGACGAGGAGAUCAUGGGCUACGAGUCUGUGGACGAAGACGACUUGGAUGACGACGACGAAGCCGAUGAGGGUGGUUACUACGAGGACGACAUGGAUGACCAGGACGAGGAUAUUUUGGGGUCGAAGGGCAAGCGACAAGGUGGUUCGGAGGACGAGGACGAGGAAGGUAUAGCCGCCUGGGGCUCUUCCAAGAAGGAUCUCUACAAUGCCGACCAGAUCGAAACGGAGGCGGAUGCGUUUGAGGAAGAGCAGGAGGCGAAGCGACUCCAACAAAAGCAGCUGGAGGCCAUGGACGAGGCGGACUUUGGUUUCGACGAAUCCGAGUGGAUGGAAUCCGGUAAAGAGAAGGAGGGCGAGGAGGCUGAAUCCGGCGUGGUAACGGAGGUCCUACCGCAGGCUGAGGUCUCCGAGGACCUGAGCGAGGAGGAAAAAUUGAAGAUCCUGAAAUCGAGAUACCCGGAAUUUGAGCCGCUGGCCAAAGAUUUCGGUGAACUUCAAUCGGUACUCCAGGAGCUUGCACAGGCUGCGAGCGCCACGGAGAUCAACGACGACACAUUGGACGCACCCCCCGUUUCUGUCAUCAAAUUCCGUGCCCUCUCGUCAUAUCUCGGUACCAUCGGUCUCUACUUCAUGCUUAUGACAUCCCCCGCAAACGGCGCCGAAGGAAAGGCAACUGCUCUCUCGCCUGCCGACCUGCGCGCCCACCCGGUUAUGGGAUCCCUCGUCAAAACCCGAAAGCUUUGGGAGAAGGUCAAAGACAUCAGCACCCCCGAGCCUUCUGAGGUGGACAGCGAGGAGGAGCAGGACGCACUGGAUGUCGCACCAACAACCACCAAGAAGACUAAGGACGCCCAAGAGCCCAAGCCGAAGAAACAGAAGCUGUCCAAGGCCGAGCGCGCCGCAGAGAAGGCCCAGGCCGAAGCCGACGCCCGCCGAGCAGAGCGAGUCAAGAAGACAGAAGCCAACCUUGCCGAUCUAUCCGACCUUAUCACGGCGCCCGGCAAGAAGCGCGCCGUUCAAAAGACCAAGAGAUCCGCCAAGGAAGAAGACGAUUCGGACUUCGGUGACGAAGAAGCCCUCACCGCCCGGGAAGCCGAGGAGAAGGCCAAGCAGAAACGUUCCCUGCGCUUCUACACCUCUCAACUCGCCCAGAAGGCGAACAAGCGUACCGCUGCUGGUCGGGACGCCGGUGGUGAUGCUGAUCUACCGUAUCGGGAGCGCCUGAGGGAUCGCCAGGCCCGCUUGAACGCCGAAGCCGAGAAGCGUGGUCGUCAGCAACCCCAGGGAGCCGAACAGCUGGGCGGCGACAGUGACGACGAGGACCGCCGGGUCGCCAACGAGCUGCGAGGCCAAGGAUCCGGCUCGGACGACGACGAAUACUACGACAUGAUCGCAGCCCGGACCAACAAGCGCAAGGACGACAAGAAGGCUCGCGCCGACGCCUACGCGCAGGCUGCCCGUGAAGGCGGACACGUCGAGGUCCAGGAGGAGAUCGGACCGGACGGCAAACGAGCCAUCACGUACCAGAUCGAGAAGAACAAGGGUCUUGCGGCCAAGCGGAACAAGGACUCGCGCAACCCCCGUGUCAAGAAGAGGAAGAGAUUCGAAGACAAGAAGAAGAAGCUUAGCAGUAUUCGCCAGCAGUACAAGGGUGGUGAAGGCCGUGGCGGCUACGGUGGUGAACUUACGGGUAUCAAGAAGAACCUGGUUAAAAGUGUUAAACUCUAGCCUUGGGUUUGUUCUGGGCGUUUCCAUAUGUGAUAUCAAAAUGGACUUUUAUUUUGCGUGUACAUAUAUUACUAGAAUUUUUG